AUGGGCGGACCGCAAUUUGACAGAAAUUUCGGUGGAUAUCGAGUGUUUUGCGGCGAUUUAGGAAGUCGCACGAAUAAAUUUGAAUUAGAGAAGGAAUUCGAUUCGUUCGGUCCACUUGUGGAUUGUUGGGUUGCACGCAAUCCACCCGGUUUUGCUUUUAUUGUUUACAAACAUGCUGAAGAUGCUGAACGUGCUGUCGAAGAACUCGAUGGACGAACUAUUUGUGGCCGUCGAGUCCGUGUAGAACACGCUCGACCAACUGGAAAUAAAAAAGGCGCAUCAUUUGGCCGUGGUUAUUUACGCCAACGAUCACCAGGCUAUCGCGGCAUUCCUACAGAUACUUUUCAGCCAGCUGAUCCUUUAAUCUGCACUUCUUCUCUGUGUAUUCUUCUCUUCGACCAGUCACCAGAUUCAAAACGAGAUCAUGAUGACGAUCGACGUCCGGGUCGACGCGAACGACGCCGUUCGCCAAGUCGUUCACGAUCUCGUUCAUCAUCUCGUGAAGAACGUCGAUCGCGACGACAUCAUCGUCGUUCACGAUCACGCUCACAUUCACGUUCGAAAAAAGAAAGUAAACGUAAACGUCGUUCAUCAUCAAGUCGAUCACCGGCUGACGAGAAAAAACGCUCUCGUCAACGAACUCUAUCACGGGAUCGAUCAUCGUCACCCGCAGAAAAAUCUCGUCGUGAUCGGUCUUCUCGGUCACCAUCGAAAGAUGACAACGAUGAGAAAAAAGACGAAUCUAAAAAUGAUAAUGAUAAGUCGAAUAAUGAAAAGAUUGAUCAAGAUGAAAACGACGAAAGUCGAUCAUCACCACCACCUGAAGAUGCUGACAUGAAAAACAAUGAUGAUGACUAA